AUGUUCCUCGCUUCGGCUGUCGCUCUUGUCGCUCUCUUGAUGCCCAAUGCUGCUUAUGCAGCUGUCACCACCACUCUACCAAAGUCUGCGGUGAGUCCUUCCCCGUCCAAAACCGAAUCAAUAACUGACAUCAUGAUAAAGGGAUAUACUGCACUCCCAACCGCCCGAGUCAUUUCUGGAUCUUUCGAUGGAAAGAUGGUCAAGUAUGACCGAAAGGGAAGCGGUGGUGCUUGUGCCGGACAGGACGAAAAGGGAGAAGAUGCCGCUGUCUUCAUCUUGCAGGCCGGUGCCACCCUCUCCAACGUGAUCAUUGGAAAGGACCAGGCCGAAGGUGUGCACUGCCGUGGAGCAUGCACUCUCAACAACGUUUGGUGGGAGGAUUUCAAGCAAACUGGUUCGGGUGAUGUCUCCACGGUCAAUGGAGGUGGUGCCUUCAGCGCAUCAGACAAAAUUUGUGAGUCCCUGCAUUCCUCUCAACGUAGCCACGGCACCACUAAUAUAUACCAAGUCCAACACAACGGAGCUGGAACCGUCAAGAUUUCCAACUUCUUCGCCAACAGCUUCGGAAAACUCUAUCGUUCAUGCGGCAACUGCGACAAGAGCUACAAGCGCACCGUUGUUGUAGACAAUGAGGGCGUUGGCAUCAACAGCAACUUUGGUGACACCGCCACUCUCUCCAAUAUCAAGACCAACGGCAAGCCCAGCAGUAGUAACGUCUGCUGCACUUACAAGGGUGUAUCUAAGGGUAGCGAGCCUAGCAAAAUCGGAUGGUCAGUGCCAUUACUCUCUCAUGGACGUUUCACUGAACGGCUUCUCUCAGUGGCUCGAGCUAUAGCGCGUGCAAAAUUUCCGGUUCUGUCGGAAGUUGCUAAGCUCACAAGCGGCUAUGAGUUGGCUUUA